GUCUCGCCGGCCGCUCGCGUUAGUCGUGUUCGCUGUGCGAUCGUGUGCGCGCCGUCCGCCGAAGUUUAUCCGUUGUCGGACUGUUGUCGACAUCCGUUCGCGUUUCGCGACGAUUUUUGCGCGCGCGCGUUUUUUUUUUUUUUAUUUUUCCGUCCACCGAACCCGUCGCCGAGUGUUUUCCCUCGACUAUCGCGAAACAUGUGAACUCUGCGCGACGACUCAGCACCUCCAGGACGCACCACGUAUCGGACGCGGCCACCGCGCGCACGUGUUGGAAAUGCGCGCCUGAACGGCUUCUAAAAAACAUUACGGAAACGGACGCAGAGGACUAACGUUCCGAUGGCUUCUAACGAGUUAACUGCACAAUUUGAUCCGUAUCAGGAAAUGGAAAACUAUCUGGAAAGAGUGGCCGAGGAGCUCGAUGAGGUGUUCAACCGGUGGUCCGAGAGGUCGGAGCAGCAGCCGGGCAAACUCACGGCGAACUGGCCGCCGGACGACGGACCGGGCACCAACGGCGGCGCGGCCAACCACUUGGCCGACGGAUUCGGCAAUCGGUUCGACGACGUCGUGUUGGAGUUUCAACUGCCCGAACGCAUUGUCUGCCAGGCGUGCACCGAAGUAACAGACACCAUGCGUUACCGCGUGUCGCCGACCAAACGAAAACGGUGUCGUUCUCGGUCUUCGGAUCUAAGUAACCUGCAGCUGCCAGGUUUUUACGACGACCAAGCGGCCGUUUUGCUCAACGUUAAAGUAAUCAACACGCCUCCUGCUCCUGUGCGCAGUUCGUCCCUGAACAGAUUUCAAAUGAUCAUCGCCCAACAACAGAAACAGCUGGACCGGCGAGAGAGCGACGGGGGUCCUCUGGAAGUAGCCACGCAGACGUCGCCGACUUGCAGCAGAUCGUCUAGUUUUACAUGGUUAUCCGACCGCUCGGACACGGGUAACUGUUCUUCGGCUGAGGAAGAGGCGGUGACGCCGUGCAGUUCUACGGAUGAUUCGGUCACUGACCAUCACAUCAGUUGUGGAUCAUCAACUGAGUCGUCCGUCACUCCACCCGGACGGUCCGACGAACCCGAAUCCGGUAUCGGAACCGCGUCACCGCCGCAUCACCGGUACUUCAAAUCGGGACACCAGAAAUGCCGGAGGAAAGAGACGUGGGAGAGACUGCGAAGACGGCACGCGGACAGGCGGAUGACUGUGAAGCUCGCGGAACCAGUGUGGGUAGCGGCCGCGGCGGAGAGCGGAGACCCGGCCCAGUCGGGGCAGACGGCGACGCCCGACCGGCCGGUACGACCGGAUCGGCUGACUUUGACCAGCGAGUGCUGCGCCGACCGGCAGAAGAUCGGCUACGAGUUGCCCAGCCCGUCGGCCGUGUCGUUGAACGGCGGCGACGUUGUGCCGGAGUUGGCCAGCAAGAGUUCGUCGGCUCCGCAUCUGAUCAAGUCCACGCAGACCCUGCCCAGGACCAAGUACGACGGGUCGCAGGACUGGAAACAACCGAGAUGUCACUCGGAACGAUAUUUAUCAGAAAUCGAAGCCAAAGAAGCGUGUAAAUGGCUAAGAGCCGCAGGAUUUCCGCAGUACGCGCAAAUGUAUGAAGAUUUGCAAUUUCCCAUUGACGUAAAUGGUGUGCAAAAGGAUCAUCCGUUUCUAGAUCUUGACUCGUUGCAAUCAUUGUUCAGGAGAUUACAUGCUUUAAACCGUUGCGCCAACAUGAAACUCGACUUCUCGCCAAAGCAUGCUAUCGACGACUCGGACUCCGAGGGCGAAUGCGCGCUGAGCGAGAACUGGACGUUCCAGAGGGAGUCGCGGCGGUGGUCCCGGGUGGACGACAUCGUCAACGCGGCCGUGAUGCAGGCGUCGUCGCCGGACGGGGGCAGCGGUGCCGCGGGCCAGGAGCAAAACCAGACGGUGCUGCCGCAGCAAGGGGACGGAAACGGUGGUGGCACGUGCAAGUUCGGCGUGAACGUGUCGCAGUCGGCCGUCGCGGUCGACGCGUCCGAGGCGCUGGCCUCGCGGUUCAGAAGGUCCGGCAGCGAGCGGCUCCGGGACGGCGCGAAAGCGAUACUGCGCCGCGUGGAGAGCCUGAAGACCAGACGUCGGAAACAGCGCAACCGCGACGGCAUUGUCAUCGGUUCGCCGCAGAUAAUAGAUGUAGCUUCAAUGCAACAACGGAUGAAGGAACUCAACUGUGUGGACGUAACUCCUCCUGAUUCACCGAUAACCGACGAACAUAUAAAAUCCAAACGGUACUUAGCCAAACCUGAGUCGUUAGAUUCGUUGGCGUAUUCCGAUUCGGAACUGUCCUGGAGAAACGAAUACACAGACGCCAACAGCAAUAAUACCAAACCACUCUUGGAAUUCUUGGCCUUUGACGGCGGUAGUAACAACGAUUUCUCGUCUCCCAACGGCAGCCAAGACAGUCGCACGUACUGCAAAAACAAAGACAACGACAGCGUAGAUUCCGUGUCGAGUGCAGUGCAGGACAGCGAUCAAGAACUGACUGUGAAAUCAAAAGGUUCGGUAGUCCGGUGGCAUAGUUUUCAAAAGACGAAACAUCGGCCGAAUUCGUUAGCCGGACAAAUGGUCGGGUCGCUCACCGUCGGCCAGCUGUUGGUGUUGCGGAAGUUGGCCUUGCUCAAACUGACGGCCAUCAUGGAACGAUAUUGUCCGACCCACCGAACAGGAUGGAACUGGGAACUUCCGAAGUUUAUGCGCAAAACUAAAAUACCCGACCCCAAAGAUAAGACUGUGUUCGGUGUCCCAUUGAUCACCAACGUCCAGAAAAACGGUUCGGCUCUACCGCUGUUCAUUCAGUCGGCUUUCCGAUGGCUGGAAGACAACGCUCUCGACCACGUGGGGUUGUUCCGCAAACCAGGCGUGAAGUCCCGGAUACAGCGUCUAAAACAACUGGCCGAAGAGGACCCGGACAACUUGAAAUUCGAAAACCACCAGGCCUACGACGUAGCCGAUAUGGUGAAACAAUACUUCCGGGAGUUACCGGAGGCUCUGCUCACCAACAAACUAUCAGAAAGUUUUAUCGCGAUCUUCCAACACGUUCCGGUGUACCUGCAGAAAGAAGCGGUCCACUGCACCGUGCUGCUGUUGCCGGACGAGCACCGCGAGGCGCUGUUCACGCUGUUGGACUUCCUGUCGCGCGUGUCGUCUAGGAGCCACGUGAACCAGAUGUCCGCCAGCAACCUGGCCGUGUGCCUGGCCCCGUCGCUGUUCCACCUCGGCAACGGGUCGUCGCAGGGCGGCGCAGGGUCCACGCCGCCCAGCCCGGUCACGUCGCAGCGGUCGUCGUCCGUGUCGCCGCGCCGCAACCAUCAGUCGUCCACCAUCGGUCUGCCGGACUCCAAGCAGCUGGGACAGAACAAGGCGGCCCACGACUGCCUGCUGUACCUGGUCAACCAGUAUCAUCAGCUGUUUGUCAUGUCAGAAGAUAUCAUGAGCCAGUGUCACUUCAGCUAUAUGGACGAGAGCAUACCGAUAAGUCUAGAAGAACUAGGCGGGGAAAUGGGUCACGACUGGAGAGGAUACUUGAACGUGUGCACGUCCGCGUUGCUCAAGGAAGUCAAAGACAAAAACCGAGGGUGGAUCUCCAUGGGCAGUUUUGAGAACGUCGACAUAUCGUACAAGAAAGUCGGCGACGGACACCCGUUGCGCUUGUGGCGCGUGUGCACGGAAGUCGAGGCACCGCCCACCGAGGUGCUGACCAGAGUGCUGUGGGAGAGGCACGUGUGGGACGCGGAGCUGGUGUCGGCCAAGGUGGUGAUGAAAAUGGACGCGCAGGCCGAGCUGUAUCAGUACACGAACGCCGCGAUGGAACCGCACCUGACCAAGGACUACUGUGUAGUGCGGUCCUGGAGGACGGACCUCGCCAAGGGUGGUUGCGCGAUCGUUGAAACGUCCGUGGAACACCCGGACGCAAAGCUGCCGAAGGGCGCGGUCCGCGGCAUCGUGCUGGCUUCCAGGUACCUGAUCGAACCUUGCGGCUCGGGCAAGUCCAGGGUGCUGCAUUUGUCUAGGGUCGACACGAAGGGAAGGACGUGCGAGUGGUACAACAAGAUAUUCGGUCACAUCACUUCCAAGUACUUGUCCAGGAUUCGAAAAUCAUUUGAACAUUCCGCCGAAGGUCCCGAGAGCAAAGUAUGAGCAGUGUAGUACAGAUUGCCUCACGUGGCACCGUUUCGAUAUUGUAAAGAAUUUUUUUUUUUUUUUGUAUAUUAUUUUAUUUUAUUAGAUACUUCUAGUUGCUGUAAACAAAUCGUUGUAUCACAUUAAUACUUUGUGCGACAUGAUCAAAUCGAAUAAACAUACAUGACAUCGAUCACUAGUGUUGAUGAUGUCAUUUGUAUGUGUUGUGUGUAUAUUAUAU